CUACAACACCCAUAGGUUACGCAACUGCCGUAAAACGUCUUCUUCUGUUGCAAUGGCGUUUGCGGCAGCAGGGAAAUCGAGGGGAGAGCAGUGACAAACGUCGCCAACGGUCACAUUAUCUCCUCAGAAGUGCUCGGAUUUUUUACAAUAUUCGGUUCGCUGUUUCAGAUAUUGGUUGUGUAAUUCUUCUCUUUGUGGAUGAGAUUGUGUUGGACGUUUCCGAAGCGCGUCUCUCCACUUUAAUGCGGUGGGAUGGCCACAGUGCCGCCUGGGCCUAGUAACGCACUGCCUUCAUCCCCGGUUGAAGUUGCUCCUUUCUCCGGGGCAGGGAGAGCGGAGCCGGCGGUGGAAGCCGGAGAGGCGACCUACCGCGUGGAGGACAGCGUGUCCGCCGGUACGGGCAAGAAGUCUCAGCAGUCGAACGAGGUCAAAGGGUCGGCCAAGAAGAAGCAUAAAAACAUGCUAGCCCGGGCUAGCCCGGCGGCGCUCCACUUGAAAAUGCAAGCCGGAGAGCAGCAGCAGCUAAACGGCUUGGUCAGCCCCUCGGAGGACCCUGACGACCACCAGCGCGCAGAGGGCCGACCCGACAAUCUCAAACCGUCCGAGGACAACUGUGACAGCAGCUGUGGCAGCAAGGCUGCGGCCGCCAUGAACAGUACGGAGCACUGUCAGCACGAAGGCCACAACCCCUUCUCCAAAAACGGCAACCACUCUCCUGUGACUAACAGCAGCGUGAACGGGAUGCCGGCUUUCACGAGAACCGAGACGGCCCACGAAGGCGAGGACCAGUUUGACCAUACGCAGCCCACAAGAGAACCCGGUGACAGCGACGGGCCCGGCGGGGAGGAGAGUCCGGCCGAGCCGCAGCUGCAGCCGCCAGCCGUGGAGCUGGCCCGGCUGGACCUGGGCGGCUCUCCCGGUAGAGCUGAGGGAGACAGCCACGGCAUCCGCUAUGUCCGCUACGAGUCCGAGCUCCAGAUGCCGUGGAUCAUGAGACUAAUCACCAAGGACUUGUCUGAGCCUUAUUCAAUUUACACGUACAGGUACUUCAUCCAUAACUGGCCGCAGCUUUGCUUUCUGGCCAUGGUGGAGCAGGAGUGCGUCGGGGCCAUCGUUUGUAAGCUGGACAUGCAUAAGAAGAUGUUUCGUCGUGGCUACAUCGCCAUGCUGGCCGUGGACUCAAAACACAGAAGGAAAAGUAUUGGUACUAAUUUGGUGAAAAAGGCCAUCUAUGCCAUGGUGGAGGGGGACUGUGAUGAGGUCGUCCUGGAGACGGAGAUCACCAAUAAGUCGGCCCUGAAGCUGUACGAGAACUUGGGUUUUGUCAGAGACAAGCGGCUGUUCAGAUACUACCUGAACGGGGUGGACGCGCUGCGGCUCAAACUCUGGCUCCGCUAGAGGGGGUGUGGGGCGGCGGGUCUCCAGGUGCUGCUCACCUCUAACACUAGGAGCUCAACAGCCUGAGCUCCGCCCUUGGUCAUUACACACACACACACACACAUAUAUACACACACAAACACCCCCCCGUUUUGAAACGCGAGGAGUUAGCAUCAACACAGGCACACCUUCCUUUCCUCCUCGACAUCCGAACAACUAUCGCUUAGGCGGAGAGAGACUGAAACGCCAACAGACGUGUUUUAUUUUUUACAAAGAGGGGCGGCCUCUUCUCCUCCUUUGUCCCCCCCCCCACCCCUCGUCUCCCGCACUGUGACAUGACAGGAUCUCCACGAGGACAAGCGGCACCACACCAAAUCAUCCUGCAGAACACUGGACCAAACGGACCUGCAGGAAAUGACACGCAGGAAGCUGCGACCGGGAGGAAAAUAUUUGUGAAGUUUUGUUUUUUUUUCGCUUUGUUUUGUUUUUUAAGCUUUUGUUUGGUUGGGGAGGGUUAAAGAUCCAGUCUGACUCAUGUGUUUGUACUGCCACAUGAUCUUAUUUUUUGGGUGUGUGUGUGUGUGUGAUUUUUGGUUGUAUGUGCUGCUGUUGGUUUCACUGAGAUUUAAGCGAACAUGUUUUGGGUGACUGCUUGGAUGCGUACUGUAUGGUUCAGUUUGUUUCUCGUUCUGUCCACUGGGCGCGGCGCCCCCCUUCUGCUGUCUCUCCCAUCACCUGGACCAGAGCCUGUAAACACUUGUGUGUGUUUUAAUGCGAGAGAAAAACAAAGCUCCUUUUUUUUUUUUUUUUUUUUUUCCCCCCCAUUUAUUUAUUUUAUUGUAUUUUUUUGGUCCAGACCAGUUGUUCAAUUCAAAUCAAUCCACAAUCACC